AUGGACUCCCUUCCAGACCCGAACCCGCCGGGGACUAUAACGGCGUGGGAUGUUGUGCAGACAGGCAUCACCCUGUGUUUCCGACUGCCAUGGACGGUCUUUGCAACGCUUGUCCGGCGCUGGUCGCCAUGGUCUUCGUAUAGACCUCCGCCGCUAAAAGAACACCUCUUCCGCCAUGUCAUGACCUGUCUGGGGAACCAUGUCCCCCAGUCAAUUUGGAACCGGUCCUUUGGCGAUCCCACCGGCGCCAGCCUACUCACCUCAACCCGAUACUCGCACCUCAGCAAACAGUUCUUCCGCCUCGUCCGUAAACCCGAAUUCUCCGGGUACUGGUUCUGUCGCGGCCUGUCUGUCGACCCAAUCGACCCUCGCAAAGCCGAUCUCGUCAUUCUGCACGCCCACGGCGGCGGUUACGCCCUCGGCCACCCGUCCGCCUCCGCGCCGGAGCAUCUCCUCCUCGCGGAAAUCCUCCACCGCCACGGCAUCACCACAGCCAUAUUCUCCCUCGACUACACGCUCAGCCCGACGGGCAAAUUCCCCAAACAGCGCGACGAGAUCCUCGCAGCGUACGACUGGCUGCGCGGCGACAUGGGCGUCGACAGCGGUCGCAUUGUCGUCAUGGGCGACUCAGCCGGCGGACACCUCAUCCUGACCCUGUUGGUCGGGCUGCACGAGCGCGAGCUGGCGUCGAAUUUGCAGCUGGGCGAAAAGGCGGACAAGCCGGCCGCUGCGGUGUUGGUGAGCCCGUGGGUGAACCUGUACACGUCGCAUCCGCGGUUUCUGGAGCUGCAUUGGGAAGAGCGGUUGUUCAAGUUGUCGCUGGAUACGUGGUGCUCGACGCUGUUCCAGGGGACGCCGGAGAGUAUAAUGAGGGUGUAUGGGAAUUUUGCGGUUGCGCAGGCGGAGCGUGGCUCGUGGGUGGAUAUCCUCCCGCGACGCACGUGGGUGUCUACUGGGUCUGAGGAGUUGGCGUUUCGGUAUGAUAUUGAGGAUUUUGUUGAUGCUGCGAAGCACGAUGGUGCGAGUGUUGUGCUGGAGGUGGAGCAGGGAAAGGAUCACUCGUGGCAAUGUGCGGAGGCUUUCAGCCAGCAUGCGCGGUUACUUGAUGUCGCAAUGGAUGUGGAUGAUGAGACGGUCCAUGAUCGCGACCGAGCCGCCCCAUCCACCCCAGAAGCAGACCUUGCCCUUGGGCAGCCAGUCGAGAUCUGCCGUCGGCAGACCGUAUCCCAUACCGAAGCGCAGAGGCACGCCGAUGACCAGAUCGGGGCCGUUGGUCUGCUCCUCGAAGAUCUUAUCAACGAUAGCCUGAGAGAGGAACCGACGCCCAUCCACCGAGCACCCACCAUGCGUCACGAUCGACAGAAGACGGUUGAGUCCCGCCGCAUUGGCGAACCCAGCAUACGAGCCGACGCCCACAUUGCGGAACUCGGGGUGCUUCUCCGGCACGGGCAGGAAGGUGUCCGCGUUGAGCGGAUCGAUGAGCUCUUCGUGGAGGAACUGGCCCAGCGAUUUCCCCGUGACGCGCCGGACAAGCUCCCCGAUGAGGUAGCCCUGCGACUGCAAGUGGUAGCCCGACUGCGUGCCCGGGGUCCACCACGGCUUCUGCUGAAUGAGUUUCUGCGUCGUACCCGCAAAAUCGAACAGCUCGGAGAGCUGCAAAGGGGGAUCCCACGAGGGCAGCCCGGCGCUGUGGCUGAGGAAAUGGCGGACUUGGAUCUCGUCACGGCCGUCACCGCCAAACUCGGGCCAGUAUUUGGUGACCGGGGCGUAGAGAUCCAGCUGUCCGCGGUCGGCCAGGAGAAGAACCGCCAGCGCCAUCCAGGUCUUGGUCGUCGACCAGACCGGCACGAUGGUAUCUUCCUUCCAUGGUUUCGUCUUCGCGGCGUCGGCAUACCCGCCCCAGAGGUUGAUGACGGUCUUGGCGCCGAUGCUCACGCAGAGAGAGGCGCCGACCUCGUUGCCGGACUUCACGUGCUGCUCGAAGGCAUCGCGGACGGCAGCAAAUGCAGGAUCACAGGUUCCGUGGACUUCGGCCAUGAUGAGUUUGUUGGUGCUGAUCUUACACCCGGCUUGAAGCCGGGUUGA